AUGCAAUCUCAGGCAACCUUGUCAUUAGCAGCCAUUGCUGACCAGAAUGCUGACAAAUGGAGUGAUAUAUUAGUAGUGAACAAAACCAGGACCGUAAAGGGUGGACCUCCUGGAGGGGGUUACCAACAGCCUCCACCUGCUGCAGGUUACUAUCAGGGCUAUGGUGGAAGACCGCCUCCUCAAACUGGUGGAUAUCAACAACCAUAUCAACAGAGUAGCUUACCACCUGGAGGAUAUCAACAAGCACCUUAUAAUCCAGGUCCUCCUCCACCCACCUCCUAUGGAGGAGGACCAUCAGCACCCGGUGGUUAUGGUGUCCCACCUCCUUCUAGGUCUCCACCUGGGAUUGACCCAACAAUAUGGGAGUGGUUUCAAAAAUGGUACAAUUGA